AUGACAACUAAUCAUAAACCAUUAUCAAUCAUUGCUAAAUGUGCAUUAUGUUCAAUAAAAACAGAACUGUUUGUUUGUUCACAUUGUGAUAAAGUUAUUUGCCAAAUAUGUAUUGAUAAACAUCAAUUAAAACUUAAUGAAACACUAAAAGAACAAUGGAAUUUAUGUAAAACAAAAUAUUUUAAUUUAUUUCGAUUAUCAGACAACAAUGCUAAAGAUAUGGAAAAUGUUGAGAAUGAAAUUGAUCGAAUACGUUUAUUAAUUAAUCAACGAUAUAUGGAUUUAGUUAAUUUACUUGAGCAGGAGAAAAAUAAUUUAUUAAAUAAAAUAGAAGAGUAUAUUCAAUUAAAUUUAUCUAACGUUAGCCAUACAGAUCUGCAACAAAUAUUUGAUUCGAUUAAUCAACGACUUAAUUCUAUAUUUGAGUAA